AUGAUGGAACAAUCAAGAUUUCUCAAUCAGAUUCCUUACAAUAGCAUGGAACCUAGAAAUGAGCAUGGAUCUCAGUCAGUAAUGCAGGGCUAUCUCGAUACCAUGUAUGCUAAUAGAACACAAUCAGACGUUAAACCGGUCCUCAAUUAUUCAAUACAGACCGGUGAGGAAUUUGCUCUUGAAUUUAUGAGAGACAGGCUAAAUCUCAAGAGCCCUGCAUUUACAAAUCUCCCUCAUUCCAAUUCUACAACUAAUGGCAUUCUAGGCAUCACUCAUGCAGGCUUUGGGAAUGGUUCAGCAGAGUUUAACAGCCAAACUACAUGGUUACGUGGGUCAGCACCAAAAACAUUCUUGAAUCAAGAGACUGCUCAAUUUGGUUCUUACGCCGCUUCGAAUACCUCAUCAAGGAUGAUCAAGUGUCUUUGUAGUUUUGGUGGUAGAAUAUUACCAAGACCAAGUGAUGGAAAACUAAGGUAUGUGGGGGGUCAGACACGUAUUCUUCGUCUCAGAAAGGACAUAUCUUGGCCCGACCUUAGGCGGAGAACAUUGUUAAUCUACAAUCUGCUUCAUGUACUCAAGUAUCAACUUCCUGGGGAAGAUCUUGAUGCUUUGGUAUCUGUAUCGUCUGACGAGGAUUUGCAGAAUAUGAUGGAGGAGUAUAACCUUAUAGAAGAUAGAGAACCCCCACAAAAGCUUAGGAUUUUUUUGUUCUCAAUUACUGAUUUAGAAGAUGCUCAGUUCACUCUUAGUAGCAUUGGUGAUGAUUCUGAGGUCCAGUAUGUUGUUGCUGUUAAUGGUAUGGACUUGGGAUCAAGAAACACCUCAACCCCACUUGGGGUCAGCACUUCAAACAAUGACAUACAUACAUUUAACAGAAAAACCAUCGAAAGGGAUACUAGUAAUGUUUCUGUAGAAUCUAUAGGUGCCAAGACUGCUCCCUUGACUAACAAAUCUGACACUCCAUUACCUACCCAGUCUUCCCAGCAAGGAUUACCAACAUCUAUACGUGUUAGGAAUGCUCCUUUGACUAACAAAUAUGACACACCAUUGGCUACCAAGUCUUCACAGCAAGCAUUACCAACAUCUAUUGGUGUCAGGAAUGCUCCUUUGACUGCCAAAUCUGACACUCCAUUGGCUACCCAGUCGUCACAUCAAGUAUUACUGACAUCUUCAAAUGCUUAUGAAACUGAUCAGCUGACUUAUGGUGACCAAAUGGCACAAUCUGCGGAAAUUAGUCGUCAAUAUCCUGUUCAUAACCCUGUAGUUGGAGAGACCCCUAUUUCUAUGGCUCCUCAUCUUUUGAACAAUCAACCAGGGAUUCUGAAUGAAUACCAUCCUCCUAGUGGAGUACAAGUACAAAAAUCCGAACUGUCUACCUUGCAGGUGAAAACAGUAAGUGGUAAUUCAAGCAAACAAGGGAGUGACCAUGGCGACGUUCUAUCCUUGGAAAUCCCACCCCCGUCUCCAUUUCAACCCAUUGAUGAUGGUUACUUGAAAAGUAACGGUCCUGAAGCAUCAGCUGCAGUUACCAUGCCAGAGGGGCAUCUACCUUCGCUCCCUUGCCCAAAAAAAGUUCAGCACCAGGAUUGUAAAGAUGCUUCUUCUACACCUAGCAGUUCAUUUGCUCCUAAUUAUGUUGAUUCCCACUCCAAUGCAAUGGAUUUGAGUUCUCUUCAUCCCCCUCCAGUUCCUAAAAGAGUUUACUAUUCAGAAAGAACUCCGAGGGAGCAAGUAGAGGUCCUGAAUCGGUCCUCAAAGUCAGAUGAUACACACAGCUCACAGUUUGAUGUGUCAGAUUUGCUUUCUGAUACCAAGCCAGAGGAUCCAGUAUCAGAAUCUGGUGACAACUUGCAUGAUGGUAAUCUGUUAGAUCCAGAUGACAAAUCAAGUAUUUCAGCAAAGCCCUUUCCUGAAGAUAACCAUACCAUUGACAAUGGGUUUGCUGGCCAUCAAAUGAAUAAAUUGUUGCUUGAUACAAACAGUGAGAUAAAGUCAAACCUGUCUGAGCACAUGGAUCACGAGUUGAAGCAAGUCUUGCUGAGUAAUGAAGGAAUUAAAGACGUGGAAACUAAAGAUAAUCACAUCAAGCCCUUGUUUGAUGAAGCUGAAACUAAAUAUGGUAAUUCCGAUCUUCCUGCUGUUCACCAUGUUUCUUCUGUUGAGCGCCUUGAUGUUAUUGCAUCCAAUCUUCCAGAGAUUGAUUGGGGUGAGGCCUAUGGGAAGGAAUCUAAUGAUAACCCUGUGGUGCAAGAACUACCUGCUUCUUUAGCUGGGAACAUAACCAAAGGUGUUUCUCAAGAUUUCCCCCCUCCUAAUGUUUCCAAGCAAAUACCAGGUGACAUUCUAAUUGACAUCGAUGAUCGAUUCCCCCGUGAAUUGCUUUCUGAUAUGUACUCUAAAGCAAUACUUGAAGAAGACCCCUCCAAUCUGCAUCCACUAUCCACAGAUGGAGUAGGCUAUAGUGUAAAUAUGCAAAAUCAUGAACCUAAAAGUUGGUCAUAUUUUGGAAAGCUGGCACAAGGGCUUGACAAUGUUUCUCUUAUUGAUCAAGAUCAUCUUGGUUUUUCAUAUCAUGUUACACCUCUAACAACUGAUAGAGUUCCUCUAGAUUGUGAAGAUUCUAACCUCAAUUUUGGUGAAGAAAAUCAGGACUUACAUAGAAGUAUUGAAACAGAAACCCAUGCUCUGAAGUCCAACUAUGAUCAAUCCCAAUUUACUGAUGCCAAAAGUAUGCAGUUUGAAUAUGAGGAUGACAAGUUUGAAACCAAAAACUGUAAUCUAUCUCCACUUGAUCCUUCUUCAGGAGGUUUUGAUAUCAGUUCUGUGCAGGUCAUUAAGAAUGAAGAUCUUGAAGAGUUAAAGGAACUGGGAUCUGGUACAUUUGGGACUGUUUAUCAUGGAAAAUGGAGAGGAACAGAUGUUGCUAUCAAAAGAAUAAAGAAGAGUUGCUUCACUGGUCGAUCAUCUGAGCAAGAGAGACUGACUGCAGAGUUCUGGCGAGAAGCUGACAUUCUUUCAAAGCUUCAUCAUCCAAAUGUGGUUGCAUUUUAUGGUGUGGUACAGGAUGGACCAGGAGGAACAAUGGCUACUGUUACCGAAUUCAUGGUGGAUGGUUCCCUUAGGCAUGUAUUACUUCAAAAGGAUAGGUGUCUUGAUCGCCGCAAAAAGCUGAUAAUUGCAAUGGAUGCAGCUUUUGGAAUGGAAUAUUUACACUCAAAAAACAUUGUGCAUUUCGACUUAAAAUGCGAUAAUUUGCUUGUAAAUUUGAAAGAUCCUUUACGGCCAAUAUGCAAGGUUGGUGAUUUUGGCUUGUCAAAAAUCAAACGAAAUACCUUAAUUACUGGUGGUGUGCGGGGCACUCUACCUUGGAUGGCACCAGAGCUGCUGGAUGGAUGCAGCAGCAAGGUCUCAGAAAAGGUUGACGUGUUCUCCUUUGGCAUAGUUUUAUGGGAAAUUUUAACUGGUGAGGAGCCAUAUGCCAAUAUGCUCUAUGGUGCAAUUAUAGGUGGAAUUGUAACUGACAAAUUGAGGCCAACCAUCCCAAGCAACUGUGAUCUCGAAUGGAGAACACUGAUGGAACAAUGUUGGGCGAAAGAUCCUGUAGUUAGGCCUUCCUUCACAGAAAUUGCAAGUCGCUUGCGCAUAAUGUCGGAAGCCGCUAGUCAAACAAAGCCACAGGGAAACAAACCAUCUAAAUGA